CCAGUGAGAUCCCGAGGUGAGCCUCACAUGCCCUCCCCUGCCCUGGCCCCCAACUCCCACCCAGUGGGCCCAGCUCAGCCAUGAUCAAGGUGAUGCUCAUCUUUAAUAACCAGGGGAGGCAGCAGCUCCCCAAGUUCUACCAGCCCUACAGCAGAGAUACACAACAACAAAUCAUCAGGGAGACAUUCCAUUUGGUAUCUAAGAGAGAUGAGAAUGUUUGUAAUUUCCUAGAAGGGGGAUUAUUAAUUGGAGGAUCUGACAACAAACUGAUUUAUAGACAUUAUGCAACAUUAUAUUUUGUCUUCCAUGUGGACUCUUCCCAAACUGAACUUGGCAUUUUAGAUCUAAUUCAAGUAUUUGUGGAAACAUUAGAGAAGUGUUUUGAAAACAUCUGUGAAUUGGAUUUAAUUUUCCACGUAGAUAAGCUUCACAAUAUUCUUGCAGAUAUGGUGAUGGGAGGAAAGGUAUUGGAGGCCAAUAUGGAUGAGAUUGUUACCCAAAUUGAUGCACAAAAUAAACUGGAGAAAUCUGGGGCUGGCUUAGCAGGAGCUCCAGCCUGUGCUGUAUCAGCUGUAAAGAAUAUGAACCUUCCUGAGACCCCAAGAAAUAUUAACACUGCUGACAUCAGUAUAAAAGUGCCAAACCUGUCCUCUUUUAAAUAA